ACAAUAGCAGCAACAACAACAAGCAAUAACAACUAUAACAACUAUAACAACAACAACAGCAUGUUCGAUGACGCAUUCUAGAGUAGGGCAGAAGGUUAAAUUACUACGGCAACAACGGCUACCGUCGAAAUUCGCCACGUACAGCGAUUCGGAUUCGGAGUCCGAAAAUAUCAAAAGCGAUACCAAUACCGAAUCGCAGCACGCAAGUUGGCGAUUUAUAGGCGUGCGACCAACUACAAUAAGCAUCUCCUGCUGCUGCCGCUACCCCUUCUCCUCUUUCUCCUCCUCUUCCACCUCCACCUUCUAUUCAAUAGCUCAACGAAGUUCACCACCCACAAUAACAAAGAGGCCCAGCAAUAGUUGUUGCUGUGGUGAAUUUGGCAAUAGACAACAAUUCAAUGUGCCUUGAGGCACAAGUGUGACCAUCUAAAGCAAAUAAAUAUCGUCAAGUAUCGUUUAACUAAAACCAAAAAAAAAGGAAAGAAAAAAAACAGCAAAGAAAACAAAGAGAAUCCCAAAUUAGGCAUUGAAAAAGAAUUAAAAAAUACUCAAACGUGCGUGUGAGCCGCUGAGAGCGAGAGAGCGUCGGGAGAGCGUGACGCGCUGAAUUCACCACGAUUUGUUUUCCUCUUCGUUGACGGGCAGCGUUCGAAUAAAAAAACUUUCACUCUCGGCACAACGUGGCGGCGGGCGGUGCGAAAGCAUCGAGCAGGAAGCGCAUAAAGUGACACACAAACACACACACACACACUCACACAAAUCACACACACACUGAACACUGAACACUGCACACUGAACAUUGAACAGAGAACACAGAUAGAAGCAAGUUGAAGAAAGCCCACAGUAACUAAACUAAACAACGACAAUAUCCGCAGCAGCAGCAGCAGCAAAACUUUUGCAUGCCAGCAGCUGACUGCUGCAGGAAGCGUGCCACAGGACGGCAGGACAGCAGCAGAACGGACAGCAGAAGCCACUAAAGAAGCGGACAGUCCGGUACUGGCUGCUUGCCUGACUGCCUGUCACAGCCAUUGAAUAGGCCUCUUCAGCGCGAACACUGGCACAGGAUACAGGCCGAGCACACACGCAACGCAAUUUAAAUGUAUCCUUAGAAUUUCAAACAGCACCAGCACCCCAACAGUGUAAUGCGACUUGGGGGUAGUGGUAUACCAUACGACGGUGACCCCCUGACAAUGAGCGCAGCUGGCAAUGACUAUGCCGAAUUAUGCGAUCUUGGACCAUCACGUUGGAGUGCACGCGCCUAUGGAUAUCAUGCAACACAAGCAGCGAAUGCAUCCGGCCUUGGAAUUGGCGGCAUUGGUGUACCGGGCGCCACACAAUCAUCAUCGAGCGUGCCGACUGGCGGCUCAUCGGGCCUCAGCGCUCAUCAUCUGCGGAGCAGCGCAGCGCAGCCAAACAGUUACGAGGCGGAGGACAUUGGUCUGGCCUUUGGCAUGAUCAGUCCGCCGCCAGGCAGCGCCGGACACGCGGCCCAUUACGGCCCCGGCGCCGGCUCACGGGUGGGCAACAGCACCAGUUCGCUGCGUGCCGGAGGCGGCGGAGCCGGCAGUGGGGGUCGCUCCGGCCUCUACUAUUCGCCGCCGGGCACAUCCUAUACGAUCAUUGAGCGUCCCCAUUCGCCGCACUACUACUACAAUUCGGCAGGUGUGCCGACCAAGGGCGGUUCGCUGCCAGGUCGCGGCUCAGCGUAUCUCAGCUCCUCACCAUCCAGUCACAUGGCCGCCGGCACCGCCGGCACGCUGCCCACGUCGACAGCGGCGAGCGGCCGCCACUCGGCCUCGGCCAUGGGCAAUGGCAACAAGAAGCGGCCCAUUUCGCCGGAGCAGGUGCUGCGCAUGUUCGGUGCCACGCAGUCGUCUUCAGUUCCUACGAGUAGCUAUCACUACAGCAACGGCGGCACCCGGGAUCGGGAUCGCACUGGGCGACGCAGCCCGGCCAGCAGUCCGCCCUCAACAACGCAUCAGAUCUAUCGGGAUCGCGAACGAGAUCGAGAUCGCAGUGUGCCCAACAUACAUGAACUUACGACGCGCACUGUUUCCAUGUCGCGUGAUCAGCAAGUCGAUCACGGCUUCGGCAUUUGCGUUAAAGGAGGCAAAGACUCAGGCUUAGGUGUUUUCAUCUCACGCAUCGAGGAGAAUUCGGUGGCGGAGCGCGCCGGCCUGCGGCCCGGUGAUACAAUCCUAGAGGUGAACGGCACGCCAUUCACCUCAAUCAAUCACGAGGAGGCGCUUAAGAGAUGUGUGCAGAUAUUGAAAUCGUCACGUCAAAUCAGUAUGACGGUGCGAGCGCCGCCCACGCUGAACUCAACGGCGCCGCUGCACGGUUUUGGUCCACCCUCGCGGGAUCCCAUGUACGCAUCGAUGGCCCCCCUAUUACCCCAAACGGCAGCCGCCCAGGCAGCAGCGGCAGGUGGAGCGGGUCUGCCGUUUCGUCAGACCUGCUCCUGGAUGGAUCGACACGGUCGUCCGGCCUCGCCGCCCAUGGAGUAUGGCGGCAGACGAAACGAACGAAGAGAUCGUGUGCGUCGCGUGGAGCUGCUCAUCGAGCCGGGCCAAUCGCUGGGCCUGAUGAUACGCGGCGGCGUGGAGUACGGCCUGGGCAUCUUUGUGACGGGCGUCGACAAGGAUAGCGUUGCAGAUCGAGCCGGUCUUAUGAUUGGUGACGAAAUCUUGGAGGUCAAUGAUCAGUCGUUCCUCGAUGUGACGCACGACGAGGCCGUUGGUCAGCUGAAAUAUCACAAGCGCAUGUCGCUGGUGAUACGUGACGUGGGCAAGGUGCCGCACUCCUGCACAUCCAUCGAAAUGGAGCCCUGGGAUGCGUACAGUCCAACGGGCACGAGAGCACGCCGAAAAGGUCAGAUUGCGACCAUGGUGGAGGAGAAGGCGCGCUCGCUGCUGCCACGACAUCAUUUUGCAAGUCUUUCAUAUUAUAUAGCCGAAUAUAGUGUGAAAGCAAUGACCAUAGAUGCCUUUGUUGCCGUCUUAUUAGAGAUGUUAGAUACGUACGAGAAGCACACGCUUGUGACGGAGAUUCGAGAGCUCGUCUUUCCGGAGGAUCGUACACGGUACGAUGAGCUAGUGUAUCGCCGGGAGCGCGAUCCAUAUAGCGUGGAUAGGCAUAGGCGUAAAGGAGACCCCGCACGUGAUUUGCCGGUAACAGCUGACGAUAUGGAAGUAAGCGCCGCCACUGGACGCAGUCCCUCGUCGGACUCGGGGCUGGGCGGCAUGACCGUAACGGAUAUACAUAAACGACCCGCACUGCAGUUACCCUAUCGGCCCAUGUCGGCGGGACCAGUAUUGCAUCGAUCACAGCAUUAUCAGCCAGCCACAGCCACAGCCACAUCACAUGCAGCUAGCAACCAAUCACCAUCACCUACGCCACCUUCACUACAACAACAACAACAACAACAUUAUCCACAUCAUACCUCAUUGCGUCAUCUGGGCGGCGUUGGAAGUGCGCGUCAUCAUCAGCAUCUUCUUCCCCAUCAACAGCAACAGCAACAGCAGCAACAGCAACAGCAGCAGCAACAUUUGGGACCAAAUCAAUUUAAAGUCAAGCAAGCCAAAGACAAUCAGCAACAGGAAUACGGCUGUGAUGAGCAUAGAACUCGACGGGGCAGCGAGACCCUAUUACCGGAAUAUGAGCAAGAUGCGGAACAGGGCGGCUACUUAGAUGGACUACGUUCACAUUUGGGUGGUUUAACACAACGUGUCAAAUCAUGGUAUUGGGGACGACCUCUUGAGUUGGCCACAAAACUCUCAAGAAGUUUCGAUAUGAAGGAAGAAGGCGGCACUUUGCUGGGCGAUAAAGGUGUACGAAGGCAUCAGUCCAUGCAGCGUCUGUCAGCUGAGCAGAACGGUGGUUCAACGACUGAACAAAAACAUGAACACAAUCCAAACGUCGUACCUGAUCAUAGAGGCAACUUACACAUUACAGUUAAGAAAACGAAACCAAUUUUAGGUAUUGCUAUCGAAGGUGGUGCUAAUACAAAGCAUCCGCUUCCUAGGAUAAUCAAUAUCCAUGAAAAUGGUGCGGCAUUUGAAGCGGGCGGCUUGGAAGUCGGGCAGCUGAUACUGGAGGUAGACGGCACUAAGGUCGAGGGUCUACAUCAUCAGGAAGUUGCUCGACUGAUAGCCGAAUGCUUUGCAAAUCGUGAAAAGGCUGAAAUAACCUUCUUAGUUGUCGAAGCAAAGAAAUCAAAUUUGGAACCGAAGCCAACAGCGUUAAUAUUUUUAGAAGCCUAACAUUUGCUUGCCCUGCCGGCUAGUGACCCAUUGGAACGACAGAAGCUGGAGUUCCUUUAUGAAUGGGGCAUCGAUUUAACGGAGACGCCAAAACCAAUGCCAACACCGAUACCGCUGACAAAAGCUAAAAAUCCACCGCCACUGCCUCAUGAGCUACAUUGCAACAGCAACAGCAACAACAUCAGCAACAGCAGCUACACCAACAGCAACAGCAACAACUACGGCAGCAAUACUGCGCUCAACAAUCAUCAUCAUCAACAACAACAACCACCAUCACAGCAGCAGCAAAACUAUCAUCCCAACACGCCCACACACACGCCUACAACACAAGCUACAGCUGCAACCACAACAAAACAACAACAACAACAACAGAAACAGCAACACUUGAGCAACACAAAUACACCAACGAAAGCAUCGCGCGAGGCAACGCCCACACGUGAGCAACAGCAGCAGCAA